UGAUAUUAAGACGCCGAAAUGAACGACAACAAAACAAGUUAGCCAGUUAACACUUGUUGUUAUAAUCGUUAAUUAAACAACUAUUAGAUGUAUUGUAUAUUAUAUACCGUGCACUUUCAUGUUUCAUUAGAAUGAAAGGAGAAAAUGGAUAUACACACACGCCCAUCUCUCUUUAGUGAUAUAGCACAUGGCCUGGGCUUUUGGACGGAGCGUUCAGCAGUGCAUGAAGCAGCAGCUCAGGGGCGAGCAGCAGAACUUCAGCAGCUUAUUAAAAAUGGAGCGUUGGUCAACAUCGUAGCUGUGGACUCCAUCACUCCACUGCAUGAGGCUUGUAUACAAGGCCAGACACAGUGUGUCAAGCUGCUCCUGGAAGCCGGUGCCAAUGUGGAUGCUCGGAAUAUAGAUGGCAGCACACCAUUAUGUGAUGCUUGUGCAGCUGGUAACCUGGAGUGUGUGAAGCUGCUGCUAGAGUAUGGAGCCAUGGUAAACCCUCGUCUCUUCACUUUCUCUCCCCUUCAUGAGGCCUGCAUGGGGGGUAACCCUGAGGUUGUGCAGCUCAUGAUAGCUGAAGGGGCGCUUAUGGAGGCCCAUGACUGUCAUUUCGGAACCCCUCUUCAUGUGGCUUGUGCCAGGAAGCGUCUAGACUGUGUUAAAAUUCUUUUGAAUGCAGGUGCAAAUGUAAAUGCGGCAAAACUUCAUGAGACAGCCCUGCAUCAUGCUGCGAAAGUAAACAGUGUGGACAUGAUUGAGCUUUUGGUUGAGUUCGGCGGUAACGUGUUUGCCAGAGAUAACCUUGGUAAACAGCCAGUUCAUUACACCAGACCAGACUCACCAGCUGCUCUCUGCCUCAAGUUCUAUGAAACUGUACCACUAAGUCUUCAGCAGUUAAGCAGGAUUGCGCUCAGAAAUGCACUGGGAAAACAAGCGCUACAGGUGGUGCCUCAACUGGAUUUGCCCAAUCAUAUGAUCUGCUACCUUACCUACAUGCCCUCACCACCUUCAGACCUCUUGGACACCACAAAGUCUGAGCUUCAAGACUCAUCAUACCACACAGACUGAUUGAGAUCAAGACAAGACCCAUACUUGAAUAAUCCAAGGCACAGACUAAAGAGCACUAGAUCAAGAUAAAAACCAAGAUCAUCAAGCGAACGAGCCAACUUAUGCCUAGUUCACACUACACGAUUUUUGGCCAGAUUUCGCUCGGCGACUGGUCGGCGAUUGAUUUUCCGGGUCGGGAGCAACUCAGCGUUCGCUCGGCGAUCAAAACUCGGCUCUCAGUCGCUAUGUGUGAACUAUCCAACAACUCGACCCGACCGGCUCGCCGAGCGCUCGGCGACUGGAUCGAGUUUUCUAGCAAGCCAGAUAUCUGAUCUCAGAUGUACGACUGGAAAUGAGUGACAUGUCGAACAGCCAAUGAGAACGCAGGAUACAGCGUGAGGGGAAAUGCAGGAGAGGAUAUAGUUUAUAUCAGGAUACACCGGCACACACAUGCGUUUUACGGUAUUUCUGAUUUGAUCCUCUACAAAACAUAACACCCACGCUGCAUUACAAAAUUAUUAAUUAACCUCCAACUUACUACAGAACCAUCUAUACUGUUUGUGUUGCCAAAUCCACUCAGAUUCAUUUAUUUUCCUCUUUGAUUUUACGCUGCACAUCAGCUCACAAACUUUGAUCACUCGCUACUUGUUGACGUGCAUUUUUGGACGUGGUAUCAUUAAACCCCUCGUCACUUCUCGCGUUUGUUCUCGUGACUAAACGUAGAGAAGCUCACCUGCGAUUCCAGUUGGUGAUGGAUCGUGUAGUGUGAAACCCCCGAUCGCCGAUCAGUCGUGUAGUGUGAAAUAUACACUGACUGAAAGACUCCCGAGUGCAAAAGAUUCAGUCGUGUAGUGUGAACUGUACAGCGACCUGACGACUGGGAAAGUCGUGUAGUGUGAACUUGGCAUUAGUUGCAACAUAAAGGGUAGUUAGCAUAUUAAAACUUAUCUUUUCACUAUAUUUUUGUUGUUUUUAUGCUGUUGUACAUUUUAAGUGAUGUAAUUUUAAACCAAACUAGAUGUUGUUAGCACUUAAACCAACAGACCUAAUAGAUAACGGAGGUCAAGAUGAGACUAAGAUCAGAAUGCAGUUAUAUCAUGAUCAGAUCACUGCAUUUUUAAGAACUACAACCAUGUAAUUCACUACUUUCAAAGGUCAGGUAAUUAUCUGAUUAAAAUCUUGCUCAAACAAACUUAAAUUUUAAAAACAGUAUGUAAGAUACAAAUAACCCAGAAGUUGGAAUUUGUACCUGUAUUUAAUAAAAUAAAAUAAAAACACCACUAAAGCACUUUAAUACCAUAUCUCUAAUCCAUUUUAAUAGGAUUAUGCACUUUACUGAGUACAUUAUUUAAAUUCGAUGCAAUCAUACGUUGUGAGUUCUAAAUUGUUCCACCUGUUUAAAACCUGUUUUUGGCAUUAGUUUCAUAAUUUUAGUUUAAAUACAAAUCAAAGGCCCAGGUGGCGCAGUGGGAUAUUCCUCUAGGACACCAACGCAGAGAUUCUGAACUCCUCAGUUUGAAACUCUGCAUUGCCACCGGUCGUCUGGGCACCAUCUGACGGGCACAAUUGGCAGUGCCUGCAGCAGAUAUUAAUUGGACAACGUAUAUGCAGGGUGGGGGCCAGACUAUGUGUGGGUGGGUGGGAUUUUCAUACGCUGUAUAAGGACCCUGAUUGUCGGAAGAGACGCCCUAUGCAGAAUGCAGAGGCGAGAAAAGGAGGGCUGUGCAUGUAUCGGAAGAGGCAUGUACAGUGACGUGCUCUCCUCUGAUGUAAUCGGGUAUCCCUCGGCAGCGGAAGACAAAUUGAGUGUGCUCAAUCGGGAGGAAAAUGGGGAGAAAAUGCAUUAAAAAAUAAAUAAAUACAGUUCAAAGUUGUUUGACAAAUCACUGUCUUCUGUAUUUAUUUGCAUAAUAAAACUUAUGUCAACCAAA